AUGAAGCUCCUGGCGACCCUUCUCGCACUUGGAGGGCCUGCUUCGGCCCACUACAUCUUUCAGCAACUCUCCAUCGGUGGCACCCAAUACCCGCCCUGGACGUAUAUCAGGCGCAACUCGAACCCGGACUGGUUGCAGAACGGGCCCGUGACGGACCUCUCGUCGAACGACCUGCGCUGCAACGUCGGUGGUGGCGUGAGCAACGGCACCGAGACCGUCACGGUGAAGGCGGGGAGCGAGUUUACGUUCACGCUAGACACGGCCGUGUACCACGUAGGCCCUACUUCGAUGUAUGUCGUUUUGGAGACGAGAGGAGGAGGACCGCUCGUGGAGACUAACGAGAAGAAGAUACAUGUCCAAGGCUCCCGGGGCUGCUGCGGAUUACGAUGGCAGCGGGCCCUGGUUCAAGACCCACGACUGGGGUCCGACAGGAACAAACUGGGUAUUGAGUAUAUCCCGGCGUGCAUCUCCGACGGCGAAUACCUCCUCCGAAUCCAGCAACUCGGUAUCCACAACCCCGGGGCCCCGCCGCAGUUCUACAUUAGCUGCGCGCAGGUCAAGGUCGAGGGAGGGGGUAGUACGGAGCCCUCUCCAACUGUAUCCAUCCCAGGGGCCUUCAAGGCUAACGACCCUGGAUAUACGGCCAAUAUUUAUAACGGUGGUGCGAACAACUAUGUCGUUCCCGGUCCCGCAGUGUUCUCAUGCUAA